AGGCGCGUGAGACGUUCGUGUCCGCGCGCGGCUGAAAGUGGAUUUCUUUGUGGUGCCUUCAGGGUCUCACGUCCGAGCGCGAACAUGCCGAGGGGAUUUUUGGUGAAAAGGAACCGGAAGAGCAACCCGGUGUCGUACCGGGUCCGCCCCGACGAGGAGGACGCGCAGCGCGCAGCGGCCGAUGCGGCGCGGCCGCUUUCCUGCGCGCCCUACGUCGCCCCCUUCCCGGGGCGCGCACAGACGCCGACGCCCACCUGCGGGGCGGCGGCUCCGGAGCAGGUCGCCAGGCCGGUUCGGUUCGGGAACCCGGAGCUGGUCUACCAGGCGCUCUACAGCCCGACGCGCCCCGUCAGCCGGGACCACGAGAGGCGCUUCCACCUCGGGUCGCCGGUGUCCGCCGAGUCGUUCCCCGCACCGGCCGCGCUGCCCGCCGUGGACCACCGGUACGCGCCGGUGGACCUGAAGAUCGGCUCCAGCAGCAGCGCCGCGGCCGCCGCUCCCGCCGCGCUGCCCGCCGCCGCCAAGCGGCCGCAUGCGGGCUCGGAGCGCAAAGGCAAACCGCCGUCCAAGAAAACCAAAGCCAUCCGGAGACUGCACUUUGAGGAUGACGUCACCACGUCUCCGGUUCUCGGGCUGAAGAUCAAAGAGGCGCUGGUGGACCAGAAGCCCCUCCGACCGCCGCUGUCCGGAGGGGACGACGUCCCGCUGGGAGAGUUCGUGUGCCAGCUGUGCCGCGAGGCGUACGCGGACCCGUUCGCGCUCGCGCAGCACAAGUGCUCCCGGAUAGUCCGGGUCGAGUACCGGUGUCCCGAGUGCGACAAGGUGUUCAGCUGCCCGGCCAACCUCGCCUCGCACCGGCGGUGGCACAAGCCGAAGCCGCAGAGCUCCGCUGCGGGGGGGCCGGAGAGCGACAAGCCCCCCGCGGCGUCCGGGAAGAGCGCGGCGGAGGAGGCGAAGGACUCUAGUGACAGGGACACGCCCAGUCCCGGGCCGUCCGAGUCCGGCUCCGAUGAAGGGCUCUACGACUGCGCGCACUGCGGGAGGAAGUUCAAACGCCACGCGUACCUGCGGAAGCACCUGGCGUCGCAGCACGGCGCCGCGAAGCCCGCGGAGGACGCGGAGGACGCGACGGACGCGGCGGACGCGGCGGACGCGGCGGAGCGGUGCAGCGCGGCGCCGCUGAACCUGAGCGGCGGCGCCGCCGCGUGCCACCUGUGUCCGGUGUGCGGGGAGAGCUGCGCCCACCGCGGCGAACUGGAGCGGCACAUCCGGCUGCGGCACGCCGCGCAGGUGUUCCCGUGCAAGUACUGCGCCGCGGUGUUCUACAGCUCCCCGGCGCUCACGCGCCACAUCAACAAGUGCCACCCGUCCGAGAACCGGCAGGUGAUCCUGCUGCAGGUGCCGCUGCGCCCCGCGUGCUGA